AGAGCAUCAACAUCAUAAGAGAGAGGGGGGAUCUUACAGAAGAGGUUUUGAAUCGCAGCCUUGGUCGUUAAACGGUUGUUAUCAAUUAUUUUGACGUUAACGGAUAAAUUAAAUAGGAUUUUAGAAUGACUUUAAGAGGGCCACUGUGUCGUCUUCUACGGACGCAACUCAACAAUACCUGUCAGAGCAGAACUCAUUCUGUGGCUGUUUUAGGAGCCCCAUUCUCAAAAGGACAGAAAAGGAGAGGGGUGGAAAAUGGACCCAAAGCCAUCAGAGAUGCUGGUCUGAUCGAGAGACUUUCACAUCUGGAUUACCCAGUGCAUGACUUUGGAGACCUGAGCUUCCAGCAUCUGGAGAAGGACGAGCCUUACAUGCAURUCCCCUUCCCUCGCACUGUGGGCAGAGCUAACAAACUGCUGUCAGGGGCCGUCAGCAACGCUGUGGGAGCCGGACACACUACCGUCAUGCUGGGAGGAGACCACAGCCUGGCCAUUGGUUCAGUGGAAGGCCACGCCAAGCAGUGUCCUGACCUGUGUCUGAUCUGGGUCGAUGCCCACGCUGACAUAAACACGCCCUUCACCUCUCCCUCAGGCAACCUCCACGGACAGUCGGUGGCCUUCAUGAUCAAAGAGCUGCAGAACAAGCGACAUCCUGAAGGACUUGGGUGUCCAGUACUUCACAAUGAGAGACAUCGACAGGCUCGGUAUCCAGAGAGUCAUGGAAGUCACUUUCGACCACCUCUUGUCAAGGAAGCAGCGGCCGAUCCAUCUGAGUUUUGACAUUGAUGCGAUGGACCCGUCUCUGGCCCCAGCCACAGGAACACCAGUGAACGGAGGUCUGACUUACAGAGAAGGAAUUUGGAUCACAGAGGAGAUCCACARCACAGGGUUGUUGUCAGUGAUGGACCUUGUUGAGGUCAACCCAGACCUGGGGGCGAGUCGUGAGGCGGUGGAGAGCACUGCUUCCAUGGCGGUGGACGUCAUCGCAUCCGCCCUAGGGCAGACCCGCGAGGGAGGUCCCAUCACUCAGGAGUCGCAAACGCUUAAAGAGGACACGGAACAGCUCCGGCUUUAGAACACACAGCUUCUAGAACACACAGCUUCUAGAACACACAGCUUCUAGAACACACAGCUUCUAGAAGACUAAGAACUUUCAACAUUUGACCACUUGGCAUUCCUGAAUUCUAAAAGACUUUACAUACACACACACUGAUGCAGUAGUUGGAAAGUGUUUUGUUACAUCUUGUGUGUGUGUAUGGUGCUGUAUGGCAACCUGUUCAACAGUCAGUCAAACCUUAAUCAUGACUGAACUUAUAAUAACUAAUAAGCCCAGUUAAAGGCUUAUAUGCCUUUUUUACUAAGAUGACUUGGAAAAACUUAGCCUGGGCCCAGAGCUUUGCUAUCGUGUAUAUGUUUGGUAGGACAAGGAAUCACACAAAAUAGUCACACAAACAGACUGGUAACCAGGUAUAGAAAGCUCCUGCAUCUAAAAUGUAAACUGUAAAUUGAU